GAUCAAAGAAAAAAUGAUCGUGAUCGGGGGCUCUUUUCAGAGCUCACAGAACCCCCGAUCCACCCUUAUCUUGUACGAGUAGUUCCACCUUUUCUUGCGAAUAGCAAUCCAGUGUACAUAAUUCAAAUGGGCGGUGAAGCAGCCUGGAAAUGGAGAGUGUUUUACAGGCUGCCUCGUAGAGUAUUUGAUUCACUCCUGUCUCUCGGCUAAAAGCUAACUGAAUCCUCCUGCGAUCGCAUUGGUCUCACAGUCGGUGAAAAUAUAGGGAGAUUUAAACACAAGAUGGACUUAAUUACAAGCGGUAGACUGAGGCAAAAAAUACGAGCCGAGACGUGGGUUAAAAUUACAAUAAACCCCAAGGAGAUUGCGCUAACACCAAGUGAUGUAUUGGCAAGAGUGACGAAAGAGAACAACGACCUUCGGACCACAGUUGAAGAAAAGACCGCCGAGUUAUACGAUUCAGAAGGUCGGAGACUUGCCCACAAUGGUAAACAAUUUACAGAAGUCGGAAAGAAACAGUAGAACAGAUAUUUAACCGAGAUACGGUAAGUCAGUUUUCAAUUCCCUCUUGUUACCAACGUAAAAAAUUUGGUUGCUUAGGAAAUUAUAUGUGGACCUGUUGGUGAGAUUCAACGUAAUGUUUAAAUACGUUUAAAUUUUUAGAGCUUAUUUUCCUUUUCUCGGACAGAAAAAAAAUCUCAAGACGCCCUUUGGUUCGGAGAAACAUACGAAUUAAUGCCUGA